AUUUUCUCUAUCGCUUCUCUUGUUUUGUUUUGGUAUAUUCUCAUUUUACGAGUUUCAAGGAAAGUUUAGGGCUCUUCUGGUUUGUAAAGAACAAAGGGAGGCACAUAAUCUAGUUCGUAAAUGAUAAUUUGGGAACGAACAGAUUUUGAAGAUGAGCGGGUCUAACGAAGGCCCCCCCCGCAGUGAGCUUGUAAACUCUAUGCUCAGAGGCCGGCCUGAUGUGGCCUUAGACUUAAUUGCUGCUGUAAAAGGACUACAUGAGCUCACCCCACAACAACUCAGCAAACUAAUCAGGGAUUCAAGGAAUAAUGUUGUUCGACAUGUUGCUGAAGAUGGAUCAGAGAUACAGGUUGACUUGGAAAAAUUUGCAAGGUGUCUUCCUCUUCACCUGAUUGCCGUGAUUAUGGCUUGGGAACGGGACAAGGCCACUUUCAAAUACUUGUUGUGUGGAAUUCUUCUGCUGCAUUCUAUGUGCGAUCUUGCAUCUCGUGUGCCCAUAAUUGAAGAGAUAUUUCGUAAUGACGAAGAGGUAUCCGAACAGCUUAUUGAUUUAGUCUUUUAUUUGCUCAUCCUCCUUGGUGCAUUCAAACAGGAAAAUUGCGACGUUCCCAAUGACAUGGUUCUUUUGCACUCAGCCUUGGUUGCGUGCAGCCUAAAAUUAUUGACUGUCAUUAUUACUCCUAAGUUCGAAGAGGUUGCUCAAGUUUUGCUUGCAUAUAAGGUUAAAAUUUUUAUGGAUGCAACAUUGUCUGCUGUUUCUAUUGAUGUAAAGUUCCUCCAAACCAAGCUGUCUGCUGACAACAUUGACUCCUCUGCCAACAAUACACCUACGGCUGGAGAGACCUUGAACCAUCUUUUCCAACAGUGUGACUCUUCUUUGGUGUUUCUGCAAUCUUUAUGCGAGCAGCAGAUUUUCAGAGAGAGCAUUGUUAAAAAUAAGGAGUUUUCUGGAAAUGAAGGGGUUUUUGUACUGGUUCGAGCUGUUCUUAGCUUAAAAGUAUCUCCAUCUUACAGUACAUUGUCAUCAUAUAUGGCAUCAGUCUCUCGGUUGAAAACCAAAGCUUUAUCUAUUCUACUCUACCUUUGUGAAACAGAGAAUGUUUCCUACCUUGAUGAAAUUGCAAGCAAUAUUAAAACUCGGAAUCUGGCAAAGGCUAUUGUAUUGCAGGUUCUUGAAUUAUUGAAGACUAUGUUUGGAGUAGAUACAACUGCUCCAAAGACAAUCUAUCCAAAAGGGCAGCUGGAACUUAAUGCUAUGCGAAUCGUGGAUAUGUUCUCUGAUGAUUCAAAUUUUCGACCAUAUAUCAUGAUGAACUUUACGGAGACUUUGGCAGCAACCUUUUCACUUCCGCAUGGAGAGUUUUUGUCUGGUUGGUGUUCAACUGAUCUUCCAGUCUGUGAAGAUGAUGGAAUAUUAGAUGUGCCUCGAGCAUCUUAUGCCCAUCAGAGGACAUCUUUAUUCAUAAAAGUGAUUGCGAACCUUCAUUGUUUUGUUCCUGAUGUAUGUCAAGAUGAGAAGAACCAUUUUUUCCAGAAAUUCAUUAGUUUCUUACAGAAGGAAUCAUCACAACAAGCGAGUGGAUCUCAAUCUUCUGUUGAUCCUGAAAAAUCUACUGCUGUUACAAAGAAUCUGUAUUCACUGUUAACUCACGCAGAGUCUUUGGUACCUGAAUUUAUAAACGAGGAAGAUGUUCACCUUUUAAGAUUGUUUAUCGAUCAAUUUAAGGCUCUACUUGUUCCUGCUGCAUCUGUGGAUCAAAUCCAGGAUGCUCAAAAUACAGAAGAGUGCUCUUCAUCUUUGCACAAAGGAGUAGCACCAAAUCAUGAUCAUAAUGGUGGCAAUGUGGAAGUGGACAGAAGUGAGACUGUUGCUUCCCGAGAAACAGAUCAAUUGAUUAUCAGUGGAAAUGCUAAGAAAUCUGAAAUGGCAGAACAGAUUAAAUAUAUUGGACCCACCACACAUUUAAGAGAAGUUGAGAGAGAUUCUCGGAUUACUGAAACAAGUGGUUCAGAUUCUAGUCCCACACGAGGAAAGAACUCCAUUGAUCGGUUGGAUGCUGAUCAAGUAAAAGGAUCUGGAUUUGAUGAAACUCUGGAGGAUGAAAAGGUUGAUGCUAUAAAUUCAGAUGACAGGCAGCAAAGAAAACGGAAACGAACUGUCAUGAAUGAUAAACAAAUAGCUCUUAUUGAAAGUGCCCUUGUGGAUGAGCCUGACAUGCACCGUAAUGCAGUUGCAUUACGAUCAUGGGCUGACAAACUGAGCCUUCAUGGCGCUGAGGUUACAACUUCCAGGCUUAAAAAUUGGCUUAAUAACCGAAAAGCUAGGCUGGCUCGAGCAGCCAAGGAUGUCCGUGUAUCUUAUGAAGGGGAGAAUCUCGGUAAACAAGGGGGUUCUGAACACCUGGAUUCACCCCAGAGUCCUAUGGAUGAUACUCGCGUUAGGGGGAGUGUUAGGACUGAGGUGAUAGACACUGCACUGACAUCCAACGUUGACGUGGACUUGGGAACCACGGUCGCUGUACCUCAGGAUGUUGUAAAAUCAGGUGUUAAUGUUGAGGCAGGGCAAUAUGUAAUGCUUCUUGGUGAGAAUGGUGAGAAAGUUGGCAAGGGUAAGGUUUUUCAGGUCCAUGGUAAAUGGUGCGGGAACGCCCUGGAUCAAUCUGGAAUGUGCGUGGUGGAUGUUUGGCAACUGUCGGUUGACAGAUCCUCUAAGGUUCCUCAUCCCAUGGAAGUGACAGGGACCACAUUUGAUCAGGCGGCAAAAAGACUCGGAUUGAUGCGGGUGCUGUGGGAUUUGAAUAAAUUGAUCAAGUCGCCUCUUAUUUGAACUGCGAUGAUGCAGCUGCUGCCCGGAACCAACGCUCGGAUAUAUUCUGUAUGGAGUUUUGGAGGCCAAGUUUGAAAGAAAAACUCAGACUCAGGUUUUGUGGUACUUGUUUUAAAAUUUUGAGGCUAGUAGUGAAAGUUUUCAAACACUAGCCUUCAAUUGUGGCAAAUAUGUUGUGGAUGCUGUGCUAUUUGUCGCAUUAACAUGUACACAUAUAUGCGUAUUUUCGACUCAUUUUCUUCGAUAAA